GGAUUGAGUUCAGUUAUAGCUGAAAUGUUAAUUAAUGCAACAUAACAAAUAGGAAAAAUACAGUUAUCCACACAGAGUGCACUCUUCCCAGUUUAUUCAACUCUGAACUAGUUUCCUUCUUCAGCUCCAUGUUCAUUAAAUUGCUCUCUAAUCUUCAUCUUCAUCAUCAUCAAUGGCAAUGUAUUCACCUAACAUCACAUACAUGACAUGAUCAAACCUUAAUAUUAUCAUUUUUUUUUUGCUCAUAAAACUCAACACUUUUAUUUCUAUGGCUUCUCAUUGCCUCAUUCAUUUUCCCCCUUCACCAUCUUCAUCACAAUUCUUAAACCCUAAAUUCAAAAAGUUUCCUAAACCCUCCAAAUUCCGUUCAAUCUCGUCGCGAAUUCAAACUCCAGAACCCGACAAUGAUGAAAAAGACAAAACCCCCAAUAACAACAACCUCAAUUUCCUCAAUCUCUCCGUAACCCUCACAAUUAUCUCCGCUUCACUUCCCCAAUCCGCCACCGCCGUCACCACCGUCAAGGGAAAAAAACGAGCACCCAAAAAGGUCGAAGCUCUAACUUUGGAGGAGCUGAAAUCAUGGACCGAAGGACUUCCCAUUGUUUCAGAACGCAUUCCUUAUACCGAAAUCCCUGAAUUAUUGAAAUCAGAGAAACUCAAACACAUAGUGAAACCUUCUACCGUUGAUUUGAAGGAACAUGCUGUUCCUGUUUUGGUUGUUUUGGAAGAUUCUAGAGUGUUGAGAACAGUGUUGCCAUCUAUCGAAAGCGAUGGCAAGUUUUGGGGUUCAUGGGAUGAAUUAAAGGUUGAUUCUUUUUGUGUGAAUGCAUACUCACCACCCAUUAAGACUCCAGAGAUGCCACUUCCUUUGUUGUCUAAGAUUUGGUUGUCUCUUCCAUUUCACAAGCCUUUGGUUUCCUUUUUAAAUAGAUUAAUGCCGAAGAAACCAUCGAAGAAGGCUUUGGAGUUGAGGCAAGCUAGGAUGGAGUUGCUGAGGCAGAAGAAAGAGGAAGUGAUGAAGAAAGGGCAGGAGAGGGAGAUGGUGGAGAGGAAUGUAAGGAAUAAGAAGAGAGAGGAGGACAGGGAAAGGAGACAGAUAAGGAGGACAGAGUAUGGGCAAAGGAUGCUUAAAGCAAAGAGUAGUUCAUUUAUAGGUGCUAAUCUUUGGUAUCGAAUGUCGAAGGACAGAAAUGUGGUUAAUGCACUUGGAGUGGUUUUUUUCUUAAUUUUUUAUAGGACUGUGGUGUUUAGUUAUAAGAAGCAGAAAAAGGAUUAUGAAGAUAGGGUUAAGAUUCAGAAAGCCGAUGCGGAGGAGAGGAAGAAGAUGAAGGAGUUGGAGGCCGAGACGGGGUGGACUGAAGCUGGUGCUGAUGAUGAUGAGAGUGAGGCGGGGAAAGGAGAGGACAAUCCUUAUUUGAAAAUGACAAAGGAGUUUAUGAAAUCGGGGGCACGAGUUCGAAGAGCGCAGAAUAGAAGGCUUCCUCAGUAUCUUGAGAGAGGUGUGGAUGUGAAGUUUACUGAUGUGGCUGGCCUUGGUAAAAUACGCCUUGAACUUGAGGAGAUUGUCAAGUUCUUCACUCAUGGAGAGAUGUACCGAAGGAGAGGAGUGAAAAUCCCAGGUGGCAUACUUCUUUGUGGGCCUCCUGGUGUGGGAAAGACAUUGCUGGCAAAAGCUGUGGCUGGUGAGGCAGGGGUUAAUUUCUUCUCUAUUUCUGCUUCACAGUUUGUGGAAAUAUACGUUGGUGUUGGGGCUUCUCGUGUUCGAUCACUUUACCAAGAAGCCAAAGAUAAUGCUCCCUCUGUUGUCUUCAUUGAUGAGCUCGAUGCUGUUGGAAGGAAGCGUGGCUUGAUUAAAGGUUCAGGUGGACAGGAACGCGAUGCUACUCUUAAUCAGCUCCUGGUGUGCUUAGAUGGAUUUGAAGGAAGAGGGGAGGUGAUCACUAUUGCCUCCACAAAUCGACCGGACAUUCUGGAUCCAGCCCUUGUAAGACCUGGCCGGUUUGAUCGGAAAAUAUAUAUCCCCAAACCUGGUUUCAUUGGCCGCAUUGAAAUUCUAAAGGUCCAUGCUCGUAAAAAGCCAAUGGCUGAAGAUGUGGACUAUGAAAUUGUUGCUAGUAUGAGCGAUGGAAUGGUUGGUGCGGAGCUAGCCAACAUAGUUGAGGUUGCUGCUAUCAAUAUGAUGCGGGACUCGAGAACCGAGGUUACUACCGAUGACUUAUUACAAGCUGCACAAAUGGAAGAGAGAGGAAUGCUAGAUAGAAAGGAGAGAAGCAAAGAGAAAUGGAAACAAGUAGCUAUAAAUGAAGCUGCGAUGGCUGUCGUGGCUAUGAACUUGCCUAAUCUUGAUGAUAUUGAAUAUAUCACAAUUGCUCCUAGAGCUGGUAGGGAAUUGGGUUAUGUUCGGACGAAGCUGGAUUCAUUCAAAUUUAACGAUGGAAUGCUCACUCGACAAUCUCUUUUUGAUCAUAUAACUGUUCAACUAGCACCGCGCGCAGCCGAUGAAGUGUGGUUUGGGAAAGGUCAGUUGAGUACCAUAUGGGCUGAAACUGCAGACAAUGCUAGGUGUGCUGCAAGAAUGUUUAUUAUUGGCGGGCUUUCUGAAAAGUAUCAUGGAGUAUCCAAUUUCUGGUUGCCAGACCGAAUUAACGAAAUUGAUUUGGAAGCAAUGCGGAUUCUAAACUCGUGCUAUGAACGUUCGAAAGAGAUCCUGCAGCAAAACAGAGUGCUGAUGGAUGCUGUGGUGAAUGAACUUGUUGAGAAGAAAAGCUUAACUAAAGAAGACAUAGUUCAUCUUGUGCAGUUGCAUGGUCCCGCAAAACCAAUGCCUGUUAGCAUAUUUGACAUAAGGGAUGCCAAGCUUAGAGAACUGCAAGAAAUGGCUAGUAUUGGAAAGGAAACAGGCAAAUCAUAAGGGCAAGUGCCCCACCAAUUUUGUGAAUUUUCUAUUAUAUGCAUAUUUAAUGUAUCUUAUUGUCGUAUUAUAUGCUAUUUCUUUACACAAUUACACAACCUUUAUGGAAAAGAGCAUAGAAAAAUUGAAGGGAAGAUAAUACUAGAUAUUCUUAUUAAUUAUUGUCAAAUAUAUUUAAUAAAUUAAAUAUAACUUUCUAUCAUAA